CAGCAUGGCGAUUCCCGUGUGAGCCACGCUGGUGUCUGUUUACUGUAAAGAAAAGUCAAUAAUCGGUGUAUUUUCGCAGAGGGAUUAAAACCACAGAAUAGAGCCAUCAUGUCGUCGCGACACAACAACAAACUGCCCAAUAAUUUACCCCAGUUACAGAACCUGAUCAAGAGAGAUCCCAAAUCUUACAGCGAGGAGUUCUUGCAGCAGUUUCGUCACUACCAGUCCAACCUCCAGGUUUUUAAACACCAGCCGGACAAACCCAACAAAGACCUGGCCGAGCUGGUUAUGUUUCUGGCUCAGGUCGGGCACUGCUAUUUGACAGAGCUGUCCAGUUUUCCCAAGGAACUGACCGAGCUGCUGCUGACUCACCACACGGUGUUGGAACCGGAACUCCGAAUGACCUUCUGUAAAGCUCUGAUCCUCCUGAGAAACAAAGACCUGAUCGAUCCCACCAGUCUGCUGGAGCUGUUCUUCGAGCUCCUCCGCUGCCGGGACAAACUCCUGCGGAAGACUCUGUACACGCACAUCGUUACCGACAUCAAGAACAUCAACGCCAAGCACAAGAACAACAAACUCAACACGACCCUGCAGAAUUUCAUGUACACAAUGCUGAGAGACUCGAACCCCAUCGCUGCCAAGAUCUCUUUAGACGUGAUGGGGGAGCUUUACAAACGAAACAUCUGGAACGAUGCAAAAACCGUGAACGUGAUCACCACCGCCUGUUUCUCUAAAGUCACGAAGAUCCUGGUUGCUGGAAUGAAGUUUUUUUUGGGUAAAGAUGAAGACGAGGCGAAGGACAGCGAUUCAGAAUCAGAGGAUGAUGGACCUACAGCCAGGGAUUUAAAGGUGCGCUUCUCCACGGGAAAGAAAACGUCCAAAAACAAGAAGAAGCUGGAAAAAGCCUUGAAAGUUCUGAAGAAACAUAAAAAGAAGAACAAGGCGGAGGUGUUUAACUUCUCCGCUAUUCAUCUCAUCCACGACCCACAAGAUUUCUCAGAGAAGCUCCUGAAGCAGCUGGAGGCCUCCAAAGAGCGCUUCGAGGUGAAGAUCAUGAUGAUGGAGCUGAUCUCCCGACUCGUAGGCAUUCACGAGCUUUUCCUCUUCAACUUCUACCCGUUCGUUCAGCGCUUCCUACAACCACACCAAAGAGAGGUGACGAAGAUCCUGUUAUGUGCUGCCCAGGCCUCUCACCAGCUCGUUCCUCCUGAGAUCAUCGAGCCGGUGAUUAUGAGUAUCGCCAACAAUUUUGUUACGGACCGGAAUUCGGGAGAGGUGAUGACAGUGGGCAUUAACGCCAUCAAGGAAAUCGUGGCGCGCUGUCCGCUCUCCAUGUCCGAGGAUCUGCUGCAGGACCUCGCCCAGUACAAAUCUCACAAAGACAAGAAUGUCAUAAUGUCUGCUAGAGGACUGAUUCAGCUCUUCAGAGAUCUUAAUCCUCAGAUGCUCCACAGGAAAGACCGGGGCAAACCCACCGAGUCCUCAACUGAUGCCCGGAUCCAUGAUUACGGCGAGCUGGAGGCUAAAGAUUACAUUCCUGGAGCCGAGGUUCUGGACCUGGAAGAGGAGCCCAAAGGAGAAGAUGAUGAAGACGGCUGGGAGAGCGUGAGCAUGAGCGAGGACGAGGACGAGGACGGUGAAUGGGUGAAUGUGCACCACUCGUCCGAUGAAGAUCAGGAGGAAGUGGCGGAGAAGCUGAACAGCAUUCCCGUAGAAGAGCGGAAAGCUAAAGCAGCCGCCGUGAGCACCAGUCGCCUCCUCACACAGGACGACUUCAAAAAGAUCCGCCUGGCUCAGAUGGCCAAAGACGUGAACGCGGCGCCCGGUAAAGGACAGAAGAGGACGAACACGGACAGAGACGAGGAGACGGACAGAGGGGAACUCCUCACGCUGAGAGACAUCGAGCGCCUACACAAAAAACCCAAAUCUGAUAAAGAGACCCGACUGGCUACAGCGAUGGCCGGACGGACGGACAGGAAGGAGUUUGUGAAGAAGAAGAGCAAGCUGAACCCGUUUGCCAGCACCAGCAACAAGGAGAAGAGAAAGAAGAAGAACUUCAUGAUGAUGAGACAGUGCCAGAACAUUCGGACCAAGGGCAAACGCUCCUUCCGCGAUAAACAGAUUGCUCUCAGAGACUCUCUGUUGAAGAAAAGGAAAUUUAAGUAACACCCCAGAUGUUCAGGCUGUUGGAACACACUUUCUGGUCCUGGAUGGAUUCAGUUCUCAGAAGUGGACCGUAUCUGACCUUCAUUUCAGCCUUAAGUCUCUGUACAGAUCAUCGUCAAGUUUCAACUGUAUUAAAUACAUUUAACAUUACACUUUAACAGA